AUGGCCGCGGUGCUCGAAUGCGCCGCCGACGGGUCGUUCGACCUCGAGAACGUCGCGGACGUCGACCUCGACCGGGCGCCGUCGCCCGCGAAGCCCGCGCCGCCGUCGCCGGCGCCGCCGGCGACGACGAGCGCGUCGUCGAGCGCCGCGGCCCACACCUACGAUAAGGGCUACAAGCGCUGGGAGGAGUUCGACGCCGACGGCGCGGCGCUCGAGGCCGAGGAGGCGCCGGCGCCGGCGCCGACGAAGCGGGAGCACCUCGACGGCAAGCCCUCGGCCGCGCCGAAGGAGGCGUCCUCCGUCGACUUCUCCCUGCCGCUCUUCGAGAAGCUGCCCGACGAGCAGCGGCCCUACGUGGCGAAGAUGCUCGACCUCGCCGAGGCCGACGUCGCGUCGCUGCCCGCGGACCAGCGCGAGCAGAUCGAGGGCCUGCGGAAGAUGUACGCCAUCCAGGUCGCGGAGAAGGCCGCGGGCAAGGAGCCCGGCCGCGUCGACGCGCCGGAGCAGAGGGCCGAGGACAUCGACUUCUCCCUGUCGCUCUUCGACAAGCUGCCCCCGGACCAGAAGGAGUACGUCACCCAGGUGCUCGUGCUCCCCGAGUCGAUGAUCGGCAGCCUCCCCGCGGAGUCACAGGACACGAUCCGGUCCUUCCGCGACAUGUACACGGAACAAAAGGCGCUGAAGAAGGCGGGCCCCGCGGCCGCGGCCGAGGCCGCCGCGAAGAAGCGCUGCGCGAAGAAGACGCCCGAGGAGGAGGCGAAGGAGCGCGAGAAGCAGCGGAUGAAGCCCCUACUCCAGAUGCACGAGGAGAUGGAGAAGAUGAAGAGCUGGCCGUCGUUCCGCGAGUCCACGGCGGCCUGGGAGAAGCUCGAGACCGCGCGCCUCGGCGCGCUCGCGGAGUCGAACCGCGAGCGCGACCGGCGGCGCGAGAGCAACGUCGCGGACGCGAUGAAACACGUGAAAACCGCCGGCGACGCGUCGACGACGAAAGCGGCGAACAAGGUCAAGGGCGCCCAGAAGAAGCAGGCGUCGAGGGCCAAGGCCAAGGCCAAGGAGGACAAGAAGGCGCAGCUCGCCAAACUCCGGAAAAUGGCCGCGGGCGGCCUCGCGCUCUAA